CAGCAGAAUUUCAAGAUUGAAACGAAGUCAUCAAUAGAAAGUCUAGUUGUUGAGCCAUAUUCUUGUUCAAAUACUCAUAUCUCUUCUGGCAAUAAAACUGCUGCCAAGACUGUAAUGGAAUACGACGCUGAUGAGACUUUGGAAAUCAAGGAAGAGAUCAUUCAAGUUCAAGAAACAAUUACAGCCCAGAAUCGGAAUGAAACAAACAAGUUAAAAUUUUGUACCGUGUAUAUGAAAGAUAAUAUUUCGGAGAUUAAACCGAAACCGCACACACUAAAGAAGCCGAAAAUUCUAGAGUCAGCACAGAAGAACAAAUGCGAGAAGUGUUUCCGAACCUAUAAAAAUAAAUGUCAUUUGAAUUAUCAUCUAAAAUUCGAAUGUGGCGUCAUGCCACAGUUCAGUUGUAAAUUCUGCGACAAGAAAUUUAAACGAAAAUCUGUCUUGAAUGUCCAUGUAGUUCGCAUUCAUAACAGCCUAAGAUCAAAGCCGUUGGUAUUAAAGCAUAAAUGCGACAAAUGUUCUCUUAGUUACAAUUGGCCAAGAGAUUUAGUUCGACACAUACAUUUAGUACACGCGGUGAACAAACCACUAUUUACUUGCGAUUUUUGCGGACAAGAAUUCAAUGCAAAAUAUAAUUUGGUUGGACACAUGAAUUCCCGCCACUCACAGAAAAUGAAAUCCAGACAUGAAUGCGACAAAUGCGCGCGAAGUUACAAAAGGCGAUAUGGCUUACAACGACAUAAACGCUUAGAACAUGCAGCAGUCAUACCACAAUUUAUUUGCGAUGUUUGCGGACAUAAAUUCGAUACAAAAGAUCAUUUAGGUGCACACAUGACUUUGCAUUACAAGAGACAAAGAGACGAUUCACUAAAAUCUAGUUACAAAUGCGACCAAUGUGCUCGUUGUUACAGCUACAGACGUGGUUUGAAUGAGCAUAAACGUUUAUCACACGGAGAAGUUAAACUGCAAUUUACUUGCGAUAUUUGUGGUUUCAAAACUAUAAGCAAACAAUACUUGUCAAGACACAUUACUUCAAAACAUCUUAAAAAAUAAUGAUUAUGCACGGGAAUCUUCAAUUUUCCGGAAAUUUAUCAUAGAAAUUGAAAGACUUAAAUACCUCAAAUAACUUUCUGUGAAAAUAUAUCAUAAUACUCAAUGCUACAUUCUGAGGUUCCGGAAAGGUAGAUGUACUCAGCAUGCAUUAGCGUUAUAUGUUCUUUAUAAUUUAUUGUUUACUAUAAAAUUUUUUGCAUUUUCUAUUAUAAUAUUAGGCAUUGUCGAAUGUAUUCUAUUCUGAAAUAAUAAAACAAUCAUUUUUGUAAGAUUUCGAUACUUUCUAUACAGUUAAUAUAUUUAUUCAAUUUUUACAUCAUGGCACUUUUGUGAUUAUAGACAUCCUUAACCUCAUGUUACCACGCACAAAAAUUCACACUAAUAACCACCCGGGGUACCCGGGUACCCGAGCGUAAAUUUUCAGUUAAAAAUAUAUUUUAACUGUAAAUAAUUUAUUUAUUAAAAGUAUAUUGAUUUAUUUAUGGUUUGUAAAGAUAUUCCAAGCUGAAUACAAUAAUAAUACUAUAUUAUUAAUAUUAUAUACCUUGACAGUAUCUAGUACUAGCAGUCAGUUUAGUUUAGGCUCUAUCGUAUACUCAGAAAGUUAACCAUUGCUUGGUCAAGUUUUUAUUUAUAUUUUGUGCAUUGUGAACGUAUUUUGUGAACUUCGAGAGGAGAAUUUUUGAGGUAACGUACAUAAAAGUAACAUGUUUUUUGUAUUACAAAAUUGACUGAUGUACUGAUUUGAGUAUAAUUCUUCUAUAAUACAUCAAUUUAUUUAUUGUAUAGAUUAAGCGACGCUGCGAAAGAUGAAUAUUUGAAAUUU